GCGAGGUGGACGGUUGAGGAGAGUUGGAGAUAAAUACUGACUUCGACCCCGCCCAGGAUACGGGGUUUGAUCAACACGGGUUCACUGAACCUAUUCAGUCCUGUCCUGGCCUUCCUUCACGCAGCGCUCUUGCCAUAUCCACCGUAGCUCUCUCUCACAUUCAGCAAACAUAUCAAGAUGAAGACCUCCUCCGUCGCUGUCCUCUCUACCGCCCUGGCCGCCGCCUCCGCCGCCGCCGCCGCGUCCACCGAACCCGUGGCGUGGUGGGACCCAAUCCGCAACGUCACCUGCACCGGCAGCGCAGACGGCCACAUCACCUGCCAGGCGGGCGAGGUCGAGGCGCUGCUGAAGGUUGGUCACCCCACGGUCUAUAACACAAGAGCCUGCGCUUACGCCAACACCCUAUCCUUCCAUUCCGCACCACACAGCCCCACGACAAGCUCGACACCAACACCGCGACCCCCACCACCGCCCUCCACACCCUCCCCCUCGCCCAGGGAGGAGCGCAAGGAGCCCAAGAAGUCCACAAAGCCCAGGGCGCGCGACGAGCGGGCGGAGAGAAGAGCGCAGCGCAAGCCCUACAGACCCGCGCCGACGACGCAGCCGCGAUCACCUGCUCGGGCGACGGCCAGGCCCGCAGCCUGGGCUGCUUCACGAGCUGCUUGGCGCAGGGGUUCUGCGUCGCCGUGUGCGACGCCGAGAGCGUGUGCCGGUGCAGCUGCAAGGAUGGGGCGGUUGCCGGUGGGGUGGUGUGUUCGGCGGGGACUGCGGCGAAGUGUUGAUUCACACCGUCAUGUAGUGUUGGGGUUGGUUGGAUAGGAUGGUUUUGGGGUGUUGGCGGGGUUGAGUUUGGGGCGGAGGGUUGGGAGUCGAUGGAAGGGAAGGAAGAGGUGGAUGACAAUGGGGUUGGGAUGUUGACAGGACGGGAGGUUUGCAAUUUGCAUAGCGGGUAGUCUCCGCUGA